UCCAAAAGGAAAACGUCAUCGCCAUUUUUAGAUUUCCCAGAAAGCUUUCAUUUUCUUGAUUAAAAGUAAGUUUCUUCAGAAAUCUUUCAUUAAAAACAAUUCCUUACUACGAUUUUUACGAUAGGUGAUUCAGAAAGAGAACAGGAAGCACGCUACAGUUGUUACUUCAUCGUUUGUUUCUAUACGAUUCUAAGGUUGUAUGGAAAUAUCUGAUAGUGUAUAUUAUUUUCUGUUGGUUCUUGUGAUUCUACCUGUGUAUCUCUUUUUCAAACUUUGGUCUUGGCUGGGAUUAGAACUUUAUAAGAAUAAUUAAGAUGAGCCAGUUCAACGAAAGUAACAAACCGAACGUGUCUACAAUGAAAAGGAGCCUGACAUUAGAUUUUAAUCAAGCUAAAAAGAAUUUAGCUUUUCCUUUGUCUACAGGCGAAGGGGGUCUCAGUGAGGUAUUAUCAUCUCCUGACCUGAUGAAACUGAAAGUAGAUACUCCAGAGUUAGAAAACAUGAUUUUAGACAAUCCACUACCAAAUACUCCAACACCAUCGUUUCCUUUUCCAAAAAAUGUAACAGCUGAACAAGAAAGAUUUGCUGGAGGUUUUGUUGAAGCAUUAAGUAAUCUUCACAACAAUGGCUCACAACAUGGAUCUGAUAGUAACACCAGCACAAUUUACAAUGAUUCAUUCAUUCCACAAAUCAAAGAAGAACCCCAAAUUGUACCUAAUAUCAACAACAGUCCACCAAUGUCCCCUAUUGAUAUGGAAUACCAGGAAAGAAUGAAACUUGAACGAAAACGACAAAGAAACAGGCUAGCAGCAUCAAAAUGCAGAUCACGUAAACUGGAAAGGAUAUCAAAAUUAGAAGACAAAGUGAAAAUGCUUAAGACUGAAAAUGUGGAAUUAGGUUCUAUGGUAAAUCAGUUGAAGGAAACGGUGGGCUUGUUGAAACUAGAGGUAAUAGAACAUAAUAAGUCGGGUUGUCAGUUGAUGCUGUAUUGAACGAAAAGUUCAAAGAUAUUGUGAUAAGGAGUGAGCCAUUUAUUUUUAAUGUAAAUAUAUAUAGCUUUAUAUUUUAUAACCAGAGUUGAAUAUUAUUAAUAUAAAUUUGUUGUUUUGAAAAAACAUACACUAUUUUUAUAGUAUUAUAAAUAAUAAUGUAGCCAGUAAGUUGUAGCUAUGAGUUACCUACUUUAUAUUUUUAUAAAAUUUAGCACAUAAGGCAUACUAUAUUUCAUAUUUAUUACAUAGACCUUUUAUUGUAUAUUCUAAAUACUAAAUACAGAUGUUAUAUCUAAAUCCUACAAUUACUAUACCAAACCACUAUUGUAUGUAUGUUUUGUGAGUUCAUGAAGUAUAUAAUAUUUAAAAUUGUAUUUUCUUUUAGUAUUUAUAAAGAUUAAUUUCAGACAUACAGUUAAAAAAAUAUGUAUAUUAUUUAAACAUUAAAAAAGAUUUAAUUUA